AAUUAAUUAUUUUUAUUUACUGACUCAGUGGCUGCAUUGCUGUGUUGGCAAUAUUGUUAGUGCAUCAUGUCGGACGCAGUACUCGUUGUUGGCAACGGAGGUCGGGAGCAUGUGCUUGCAUCAUGCCUGGCUUUAUCUCCGAAAAUUGGGAAAGUGUACGUGGCCCCUGGAAAUCCUGGCACGACGAAAGGGAAAUUGGUGAAUACCUCAAGCAUCACGGCUUCCAAUCCUGAUGGAAUUGCUAUUUGGUGCCAAGAAAAUUCUGUAUCUUUGACUGUGAUUGGUCCAGAAGCACCACUUGCAGCAGGAAUCGCUGACACCCUGGGAAAAGCAAACGUGAAGUGUUUUGGACCGUCAGCAGCAGCUGCACAAAUAGAAGCAAGCAAAGCCUGGUCUAAGUCAUUCAUGACACGGCAUAACAUUCCAACUGCCCGCUGGGAGAGUUUCACUGACGUGGAGAGUGCAUGUAGGCACAUAGACACGGCUGAUUAUGAGUGCUUGGUUGUGAAGGCCAGUGGCUUAGCUGCUGGAAAGGGAGUGAUUGUGGCCGAGGACAAGGAACAAGCGAAGGAUGCUGUCAGGUCAAUUCUCCAGGAAAGCAAGUUCGGUUCUGCUGGUGAGAUUGUGGUGCUGGAGGAGCGACUGGUUGGUGAAGAAUUCUCAGUGUUGAGUUUUUGCGAUGGCCGCCAUGCCGUGUGCAUGCCACCUGCACAAGAUCACAAGGCUCUUCGUGAAGGCAACACAGGUCCCAACACUGGUGGGAUGGGUGCUUACGCACCGUGCCCUCAGGUCACAACGUCGGUCAUGGAUGUCAUCAAGCGGGACAUUGUCCAGAAAGCAGUUGACGGUAUGCGGGAGGAAGGCUGUCCGUACGUUGGUGCUUUGUAUACGGGACUGAUGUUGACCAAGGAUGGGCCCAAGGUGCUGGAAUUCAACUGCCGCUUUGGUGACCCGGAAGCUCAGGUCAUUCUGCCGCUUCUAAAGAGCGAUCUCUACGACACGUUACUGGCGUGUGUUGAUGGCAAGCUGCCUGAGGCUGAACCGGAAUGGCAUGAAGGGCGCCAUGCUGCAGCUGUUGUCCUGGCAAGUGAGGGAUACCCUGGAUCAUAUCCCAAAGGAAGGUGCAUCACUGGCAUAGAUGAAGCGGAAGCUAUCGACGGUGUUCGGGUGUACCAAGCUGGAACAUCGGUAACUGACGGCAAGCUGGUAACAAGCGGCGGACGUGUCUUAGCUGUCUCAGCCUCCUCCGCCAUCUCAUUGGAUGCAGCUAUCAAGUUGGCAUAUGAUGGUGUUAGCCAUGUUACAUUUGACGGUGCAUACCAUCGCAAAGACAUUGGCCGUUCAGCCACACAGGCGUAGUUGUGCUUUAGGUGAUAUAGGUGAUGUAGCCUAGACCAUGUGUGUUUCAUUUUCAAUACUUGAAAGUAAAUUUAGUUACUUUUGUCUCAAGCGGCGGUAUUAGUGAUGUUCUGCUCUACGUUACGGGAACGCGAUGCGAAGAAUCCCGGGGACGCUCUUCACGUUCCUGUAGCGUAAAGGAAAUCUGUUCUGCUCUACGCUUGCGUAAGGAAAUCACGUAGAAUGUGUACUGGGAAUUUCCCGUUCCAAAUUUGGCAGUUUUCUGCCUGAUUUGAAUGAUACCCAGCAGAUCCGUACGCAUUUUCUCUGCGUGUGCCACAACGUGGAGAACCUCAUCUACGCGUAGAAAUCUGGACCCAAAACACGCGAAGCCGUAGACUCUAGCCCCGACACCUGUUCUCUACGCGAUUUCUCUACGUUUCACGUAUAGCAGAACCUCACUAUUAUUGUAUAGUCUUGAUUGCUCCCCGGGGACUUGUGUGGUCUUGAUUGCUCCCCGGGGACUUGUGUGGUCUUGAUUGCAGUAAUGUCGUAAAACCUACAAGUACUUUGAGGUACUCUUUCUCUUGACGUCUUUUACUCUUUUAUGAUGGUCUGAUCUCUUUCUCUCUCUCAUCCUUCGCCAUGUUUCCACACUGAAGCAUGAGGUGACAGCCUCCAUGUAAGCUA